CCUCGCUGCACGCACUCGCCUGCCCUUGUUCGCUCUCGCCGCUACUACCCUCAGCACCACCACCUCGUUCGCCCCCGCCGUCGUCAUGGCCGCCUCGAACCCCAAGUCCCGCAACUUCGCGACUGGCCCGCCCGCCAGCGAGUCGGGCAUCGACUUGUACACCUGGCCGACCCCGAACGGCCUCAAGAUCAAUGUCGCCCUCGCAGAGCUCGCCAACCUCGGCACGCCCGCCCUCUCGUGGACUGAGCACCCGGUCAACAUCAUGAAGGACGAGCAGAAGGCCGACUGGUUCACGCACGGCGUCAACCCUAACUCGCGCAUCCCCUCCAUCAUCGACCGCUCGAGGAACGACACGCGCGUGUUUGAGACGGGCUCGAUCCUGCUUUACCUCAGCAAGGCGUACGACGUCGACUACAAGCUCCACUUCGAGGACGACGCCGUCGAAGCCGAGAUGUGGUCCUGGGUCUUUUUCCAGCACGGCGGUACGGGUCCGAUGUUCGGCCAAGCCGGCCACUUUCUCAACGCCGCGCCGGUCAAGGACGUCUACGCCGCCCGCAGGUACAUCAACGAGUCGAAGCGUCUCCUCGGCGUGUACGAGCAGCGCCUGAGCGAGGAGGGUGGGAGGGACUACCUCGUCGGGCCGGGCAAGGGCAAGUUCAGCUACGCCGACGUCGCCUCGUUCACCUGGGUCCGCGCGCACCCGUACUCGCUCGGCAUCGUCUCGCUCGCCGAGGCGGGCUUCCCGCUCACGGACGCCUGGGUGCGCCGCUGCGAGGCGCGCCCCGGCGCGGGCAAGGCGGUCCAGGGCGACAUGAUCGCCAAGAUGAAGGCGCAGGACGGGUGGGCGGACAAGUGCAGGGACAAGGUCAAGUGGGUCUGGGAGGAGGAGGCCGCCGAGGGGCGCAAGAGGGACGAGCUCUAAGCGGAGGAAACCGAGCGAGGGUUGGGAAGUCGACCGGGAGCUUGAAACUCGAAUUUGUGCCGCUUUC